AUGAUCAGCCCCGACUUGGCCGAAAUUGAACGUGUCAUCUCGGGCCUCGAACAACGCUACGGCGUCAAGCGCCUCGGCCCGACAGAGUACAUCCUCGGCAUCCAGAUCAGGCGACUCGAAGACGGUUCUAUUGCCCUGUCCCAGGAACGGUACUAUGAAGGAACAAUAUACCACUGCACCAAAAGGCGAGGCACCUCUACUUCAGUGAGCGCAUAUUGUCCUAGAAGUGAGAUGGAGCAAAGUUCAACACCCCCCUGUGCGCGAAGCUGA